UCCUGCCCAUCCAUCCACAGCCCUCGAUCUCGCAGCACCGGCCUCAUCUGCCUACACACCCGCCGCUCGUCUACCCACCAGCCAUGAUCAACAGCGACGACAACGCAGGCAACCUCGACGAUCUCCUUGAGCGAGGCAACCUGUUCUUCGGGGCGCUUGAUAAAGCCUGUCGUUCCGGCAAGCUCCACGAGCAGCAUGAAGCCAUCCUCCACUUUCCAGACUUUUUCACGCAGUUCCCGAUUCCAGUGCUCAUCGAUCUCGGAUAUCUCAAGCUUGCCGAGCUGUGGAAGAUCGGGAACAACUUUAUCCGCCAGGAAAUUCUCAAGACCAUCAAGAAAUGCACCUUGUCGCACUCCAAGAUCAAGAGCAUCGAUCGAUUCUCGCGGCGGAUCUGUGUGGUUCUCACGAGCAACGAUCCGAUAGCCAAGGCCCUGACCCUCAGGUUCCUCGGGCACAUGUGCGCGGCAGUUCACACCCAAAUCGAAGUCUGUCACAGCAUCCAGGAGGCACUGAAUUCCGAGGUCCCAGAGGAAUUCGAAGCCGCAGCCUUUGCAGCCGAUCGGCUCUGCCCGUUUUCGCCUGCGUUCGCCCGGACUAUCUGCAUCCGGAUCUCUCGCCUCGUCCACAAGCAUCCGUCGGUGGCAUCCAAGCUCAUACGAAUGUACCGUCACAUGCACUACGAUUACGAAACCGCCGAACGAGCGAUGGACGAGUGUCGUAAGCUGAUCCUGACCCGCCAGCGGCCGGUCUUUGUCGCCAACGUCCUGAAGACCAUGACGAUUCUGUCUCUCCGGUCCCAAGUUCACACCUCGGCCCAGAUCGAGUUACUGCUGUCGAUUGCAAGUGCCGAUCCAGACGGAAUAGUUCGCGAUUCGGCGUUUGAAAACCUCUGGAUACUCGCUCAGCGGUAUGACCACUUUACGCUCAACGAUUUUGAGUUUGUGUUGCGGAUCGCCGGAACCGCCGUCAGCGUCUUCCCAAAGUGUCUUCCGAUUCUCCGUCGGCUGUGCAAGAACUUUUCCAUCACCGAGGCGUUCUCGCAGAUGCUGCUGAGGACCUCAGGGCUCGCAACGCCCGAGUCGUCCGAGUGGCUCACCGUCAUGAAGAAGGAGAUUCAGAGCGGAGGCGAAAGCUCCUACGACGCUUCAGUCGUGGUUGUGGAGGUCCUGCAGAGCCUCGACGAGGCUGAUACCAUGGUGCUUCAGAAAAAACGCAUGGUCUAUCGUGACCUACUCGAGUCCAUUGUAUCUGCCAUCGAGCACCACGCUGGCGCUUGUGACAAUUCCAAGAUUACAAACCUGGCCAAGUCGUUUUUGUGCAUGUCGCUGCACUCGGACUCGGCGGCGGAUGUCCCCGAAAUGUGUCUCCGAUUGCUUCGGAUCGAGCACCGUCAUCCAGCGCUAUUGGAGACAAUCUUGAAUCUGCAUGCGCGGCUUCCGCACAUUGCCUCUCUCCCACAACAGGAGCUGCUCGACACUCUGCAUCAUGCUUCCGACCCCGUUCGCGUUUAUUAUUUGGCGACUCUGAUCACAAAGCUGGUCCACAACCUGACCGACGAUCCAGCCCGAGCCGCCUUGAUUUCAGCCCAGCUCCAAAGGCUAAACGGCGAGCAGCUGUAUUUGUUUGGCCAAGAUUCGCUAUGUGCCGAGAACUCGACACUUGCUGCUGUUGUAUUUGGCGACCUGCAGAAACGGCUUGCGGAGAACGGCGCGUCAGCAAAUCAGCAUGUCGUUUGGUUGAAUGUUCUGGCCAACUUGUCGCUGGCCCACAGCGGGCUGAAACAGGGCGAUGCUGCUUCGGCUGUCCAGUUCGCGAAACAGGCGCGAGAAGCGCACGAGAAAUUAGAAGCAAUCGAUGGACCGCGGAUAUUCCAGAGGCAGUUUCUCAUGCUCUUCUCCGAAUUCACUGCGGUUGCCAAUGAUAUACUGAGCCACACGGCAUCUGCCGAUGCCUCCCCAAGCUCGCUUGUCGCCCUUCGGGACCUCAACAUACGCGCACUCCAGCUCUCGGGGCAGUUUGGGCGUCUCAGCCGGAUGAAUUUUGACAUCAGCCUAACGAGUCUCUCGGUCCUUGAACGAUGGCAGGCCGCGACUCGGCUGUUGUCCGAGAUUCUUGUGCGUGUUGGGCAUCCCCCCAGUGCCAUAAGUGACUGGAAACUCGGUGCGAUCCUUGAGCAACAGGCAUCCGAGAGUCAAGAUCAUGGUCCCGGACACGACAUGCAGUCGCUUCUGUCGAUUCGUGAUGCCGCAUCGAGCCAAACUGUCGCCACUGGGGACCUGGUCUCCUGGCUCGGCUUAAUGAUGCAGCAGCACUUGCGCAUCCCGUCACACUUUUUCGUGACUCAGCCCAACUACACCAUCGAGCUCAUCGUGACUCCUCGAUGGAAGCGGAACGAGCCCUUGGUUGUGGCAAGCUUCAAGCGAUUCGUACUCAAUCUCGAGGGCAUCGUCACUCGCCAGCAGCAGUUGUUGGAUGCAGGGGGCAUUUGUCGCAAGGCAGUGCAAUGCCGGUGUCUCAUAUGGGUGACUGCAUUAGAGUCACAAACGAGCCUCGCUGGCGCUGAGAAGACGAAGUACAGCAUGCAAGAUCACCGCGUCUCAGUGGUCGAUAGUUACUUUGCACUCUCGACUAUUGUGCAGUUUCCACCCGUCACCAUGCUGGAGGGCGAUCUGGCAGAGAUCCACAUCGACAUCCGCAUGAUCGACGAUGACGGCAUUGAGUGGGAAGUUGGGCCGUCCAUCGCGUUGCCGAUUCAGCUCCGAACGUAGCAGAAGCGCUCGCCACCACGAGUACUUGAACUCUGGUCGGUACAGGCUUGCUCAAAGAGCCAAAAGUAU